AUGUGCACUUCUGUUGAAUCUCUUCAACCAAUGUCCACGUUCUUCAUUUUUGUUGUUCCUCUCUUAUUCAUCACUAUUUUCUUAGCCAAACUCCGGCGAAAACUUCCAUACCCACCAGGCCCGAAGGGCUGGCCAGUGAUCGGAAACAUGUUCAUGAUGGACCAACUAACUCACCGGGGUCUAGCGGCGUUGGCCAAGAAGUACGGCGGACUUUGUCACCUGAAAAUGGGAUCAUUACACAUGUUCGCCGUAUCGUCGCCGGACGUGGCCCGUGAAGUCCUCCAAGCUCAAGACCACGUGUUCUCAAAUCGACCCGCUACCAUCGCCAUAAGCUACUUGACAUAUGACCGGGCUGACAUGGCCUUUGCUCACUACGGUCCGUUUUGGCGUCAAAUGCGUAAAAUCUGUGUCAUGAAGGUGUUCAGUCGAAGACGGGCCGAGUCUUGGGCAUCAGUACGUGAAGAGAUUGAUUCUGCGAUUCGAACCAUUGCGGGUCAGGUAGGGUCACCAGUGAAUAUCGGUGAGCUCGUGUUUGGGCUGACGAAGAACAUAACGUAUAGGUCCGCGUUUGGUUCAAUGUCAAAUGAAGGACAAGAUGAAUUCAUUAAGAUUUUGCAAGAAUUUUCAAAACUUUUUGGAGCAUUUAAUAUCGCUGAUUUUAUUCCCUCCUUGGGUUGGAUCCAAGGAGGAGAAUUCAAUAAGAGGCUAGCGAAUGCUCGAAAUUCGCUGGAUGGGUUCAUCGACAAGAUUAUCGAUGAACACAUGGAGAAGAAGAAGAACAAUAGCGAUGCAAAUGACACUGAAAUUGAUACUGAUAUGGUGGACGAAUUACUAGCGUUUUACAGCGAAGAUGACUUGAAAAAUGACUCGGAGGACUCACUUAAGGUCACCAGAGACAACAUCAAAGCUCUCAUAAUGUGCAGUACCGAGUCGUCGCCUGCACUAUUCACUGCUUUAAAGGGUGAAGAUGAAGAUUUUACUGAAAAACUUAAGCAUAAUGACUUUUAA